AUGGCGUUUGAUCUUGUACGAAAACGUCUAACGAAAGAAAUCAAACUACUAACAGAAAAUCCAACACCGGGAAUUCGAGUAGUUGAAGAUUUUGCUGAUAUGCGAAAAAUUCGAAUUGACAUUGAAGGUGCUCCAGCUACAUUAUAUGAUGGUGAAAAAUUUCAAUUACUAUUUAAAUUUUCUGAUCAAUAUCCAUUUGAUUCACCACAAGUUACUUUCAUUGGUUCGAACAUUCCUCUUCAUCCACAUAUAUAUUCAAAUGGUCAUAUAUGUUUAUCAAUUUUAACUGAUGAUUGGUCACCAGCAUUAAGUAUCAAUGCUGUUUGUCUUAGUAUAUUAUCUAUGCUUUCAAGUUGUAAAGAUAAGGGUCGUCCACCGGAUAAUGACUGGUAUGUUCGUACUGCAUCUAAUGAUCCCAAAAAAACUCGUUGGUGGUAUCAUGAUGAUGCUGUUUGA